AUGGCCAGCAUUCAUCCACAAGUGGACAAACACAGCAUUCCAUAUGGAGAAAAAGAUCCAGGGGAGCUUAACAUUUACCCACUACUUUGUGAGAAACUCAGCCCAAUCGAAGGAACAUCAGUGGAUGUGGAUUUCCAAUCAGACGGACAGGGAUGCAUAAUAGAACAGAAACAAGGAAAACAAAAUGAAACAAGAAUGACAGAAUUCAUCCUCCUCGGCUUCCCUGGGUCUCACUAUUUUCAGAUGUUCAUCUUCAGCCUCUUCCUUAACAUGUACGUCUUGACACUUUUUGGAAAUGUGUCCAUCAUCAUCCUAGUGAUUAUUAAUCGUCGGCUCCAUACUCCCAUGUACUGCUUCCUUUGCAAUCUUUCUUUCCUAGAGAUAUGGUACACAACAGCCAUUGUUCCUAAGAGUCUUGCCAUCUUUCUGGGGAAGGGCAAAAGUAUUUCUUUCAUUGGCUGCAUUCUGCAAAUGUACUUUGUUUUCACCUUUGGAUGCACAGAAUACUUUCUGCUAACUGUCAUGGCUUAUGACCGAUACUUAGCUAUCUGUUAUCCUUUGCAUUAUAACACCAUAAUGGAUGCCAGUCUCUCUUGCAAAUUAGCAGCAGGUUGUUGGAUGUUUGCUUUCCUUUUUAUUUCUCUUCCAGUCUCUUUGAUAUCAAGGUUGUCUUUCUGUGGACCCAGUAUGAUUAAUCACUUUUAUUGCAACAUUGAUUCCUGGAUAGUUCUCUCCUGUAGUGACACCCAUGUCGUUGAAAUGGUAGUGUUUGCUCUUUCAAUAAUCAUCAUCUUGGGCACGUGUGUGAUAAUCCUUCUUUCUUACAUAUACAUUAUCUCCACAAUCCUAAGUAUCCCUUCUGUCAAAGGACAGCAGAAGGCUGUUUCUACAUGUUCAUCUCAUCUUGCUGUAGUGAUUAUUUGGUAUGCCUCCACCAUCUUUCUGUACGUCAAACCUUCAAAACGGACAUCUUUAGAAACGACAAAAAUAAUUAACAUCCUGAACACUGUUGUGACUCCACUGCUGAAUCCUUUCAUCUACACACUAAGAAAUAAAGAGGUAAAGGAGGCCUUAAAAAAUACAUUGCACUGGAGGUGA